AUGCAAAAGACCUUUAAGAUUAUUUUAAAGCUGUUCAAUGAUCAUGUUAAGGGUCUGCAAACGAACAUCGAUGACCUUCGUUGCAUUGCAGAUAAGUUGGACAGUUUUCAUAAGAAAGCCACCAUCGCUAAAAUUACUGGGGGGUCUGUGAGUGUGGCUGGUGGAGUUGUCACCAUUAUUGGGCUGAUCCUGACUCCCUUCACCUUGGGAGCUUCCCUUGUGGUCACAGGAGUGGGACUGGGAGUGGCAAUGGCAGGGGGAGUGACCAACGCUUCAGCUACCAUUUCAGACACUGUGAACAACUCUGUGGAUCGAAAAAAAGUGGAAGAGAUUAUAGAAAGUUUUCAGAAGAAUAUUAAUGUUUUUGAAGAACCUUUGGAAGAUGUCAAAAACUUCACAAACAAAAUAGAACUUUUAAAUACUUGUAAGUUAGAAGAUUUGAUGAACAAAUGGAACAAAGCUCAGUUAGGGGCAAGAGCUGGAAAAAUGUUUACCAGUUUUGCUGACAUUUCCAGGUUAGCAUUAUUAGCAAACUUGUCAGGGGGAGUGGCCAAGGCCAUCAGAGUGGCCGGAGCAGCAACUGGAGUCAUCUCAGGCCUGUUCCUAGGGCUGGAUCUCUUAUUUAUUGUAAAAGACUCCAUUGACCUUCAUAAAGGAGCAAAAAAUGAAUUUGCAGCUAAAAUUCGUCAGGCGGCAGAUGAAAUGCAGUGUGCAUUACAGGAACUAAAUGAAUUCUGCAUUAAGUUGCCGACCAUUCAGAACCCUUGA